ACUCAAAGAACCCAUCUCAGAUGAGAGGCAGCUACCACGAGAAAUUCCGGCAAGGGCACAAACAUAAUUUGAACUGAAGGAAUAAAGGAGAACAGCUCGAGGCCAUUAACACAUCGUCGCCGACAGUUCUUGAGGAUCGCACUGUUCCGUCACAUAUCGCCACAAUGCACAUUGAAGAAAUCACGGACGAAAUGGCCGAACGGCUCAAGGUCUCAUCACAGUCCCCAGACGAACCAUCUUCAAAGUCACAGGAUGCGGCCGCGGCAAAAGCUCCCGAACUCCCUCCAGCUCUGGCGGCGACCAGCAACAAGACAGUGGACGAGGUGCUUGCCGAUCUCAACAAGUCGCCUCUUUUCAUGACUGAGCUCGAGGAAAAUGAUGACACGGAGGCCCUCAAGGCCCUUGCGUAUGAGGGCACACCGCUCGAGGUCGGGUCUGAAUUCAAGGAACGUGGAAAUGAAUGCUUCAAGGAGAAGGACUGGACCAACGCCAAGGAAUUCUAUACCAAGGGCGUUCUCGUGCUCGCUGCCGAAGAGCGGAAGCGCGCCAAGCCGGGUGAGCAGACCACUACCACCGCUGCAGAAGAGGAGACACCCGAAGACGAAGUCGAGAAGCAGCGAGCCGUAAUGGAGACGCUGUACGUGAACCGAGCAGCCUGUCACCUGGAACUGAAGAACUAUCGCAGCUGCACAAUCGACUGCGCAUCAGCGCUCCGGAUCAAUCCCCGGAACAUCAAAGCCUUCUACCGGUCCGCAAAGGCGCUUUUGGCCGUAAACCGGAUUGAGGAAGCGGACGAUGCCUGCGCUCGGGGUCUGGCCAUCAAUGAAAACAACGCGGCGCUACGGGCCGUUGCGCAAGACAUCAUCAAGAAGAAUGAGCAGAUUGGCGCGAAGCAGCGGAAGGAAAAUGAGCGCCUAGCCAAAGAAAAGAGGAGAGAGCUUCUGCUUAGGGCGGCGCUGCAUGCUAGGGGGAUCAAGACGAGGAAGACGGCGCAGCCGCCUGAGAUGGACGGUGUGGGGAUGCAGCUGGUGCCGGACCCGGAUGAUCCGAAGAGCUCGUUGAGUUUCCCGACUGUGUUGCUGUAUCCGCAGGACUUGGAGAGCGACUUCAUCAAGGCGUUUAACGAAACGGAGUCGCUGGUGGAUCAUUUGGGGUAUAUAUUGCCACUGCCUUGGGAUAAGAAGGGGGAGUAUACUUUGGCUAAGGUGGAAUGUUACAUGGACACAUUGAGUGGUGGGCUCAUUAAGGUCGGCAAGAAGGUCCCGUUAUUGAAGAUCCUUUCUUCGGGGAACGUCGAGGUGGUGGAUCAAGUGAUAAGGCUCUAUAUACUUCCCAAAGCCAAGGCAGAGAGUUGGGCUCAGGAGUACAAGAGGAAGAAGGCUGAGGCUCAGAGCGGUUGAAUAUGGAUAUACUUAGAUAAAUAAAGCAAAAGAAGAGAAAUAAGCAUAAAAAGAACAAGAGGAAGAGAAGAGAAAGGAAAGAAGCCAUCUUUGACGAGAAAGCUGGAUGGAUACCAAGAUUGGAAUCCCUCCUAACGUGAAGGUUUCUGUGGUAAUGUGUGAUGAAUAUCUGGGUAUUGUGAAUUUUGAUAACAAGCGGCAUAUGUAAGUUUAUCUAAAAUAAUGGUCUAUCUUGGAACGAUGAAGACCAAAGGGU